AUGCCUGCUGAAAACUUAAGAAGCCUCGAGAACCUCGAGAAAAGCAUUGGAGACAAACUCAAUUGGUUUACUAUUCGUACCAUCAUCACCUCAGGGGCAGGCUUCUUCACAGACUCUUAUGAUGUGUUUAUCAUCAACCUUGUGUCCCCGAUGUUGGGUUUCCUUUAUUACUCAUCAAACAAUAACAAAAUGCCAGCCAAUAUCGAAGGUAUCCUCAAAGGCAUGUCUUCUGUUGGCACUCUGCUAGGCCAAUUAUUCUUUGGAUUUAUGGGAGAUAUCCUUGGCCGCAAAAUCUACGGAUUUGAAUUGAUCAUCAUCAUUAUUGGUACUAUUAACUGUGCAAUGUCUUCCUCUACACUUCGCGGCGUAUCAGCGAUCGGGUUCCUUGGGUUUUGGCGCUUGAUAUUGGGAUUCGGUAUCGGUGGUGACUAUCCAAUGUCUGCCACAAUUACUUCUGAAUGGUCUACCAAAGGCCGCCGUGGUAUGAUGAUGGCCUUGAUUUUCUCUAUGCAGGGGAUAGGCAACCUGGCAGCCGCAAUGGUCACUCUUGUUCUGCUGGCGAUCUUCAAAAACGCCAUUAAUGCUGAUGUCAAUAAUCUCGACUAUGUCUGGCGCCUCUGCAUCGGACUUGGGGCUGUCCCUGCCGCAGCUACGAUCUAUCUCAGAUUCACUAUGCCAGAGUCUCCUCGUUACGCACUCAAUUUGAAGAAAGCUGAAGAAAAUGCCAUGGCAAAGGCAGAGUAUGAACGGGUCACACCUGCUGAAGAUCGUGAGCCAGAACGAAAGACCGGACACUGGGUGGAAUUUGGACGAUACUUUAGACAAUGGCGUCAUCUUCGUGUCCUUCUUGGAACUACCCUAUCCUGGUUCUUACUCGACAUUGCAUUCUAUGGUACUGGACUCAACAAUGCUUAUAUUUUGGAAGCCAUUGGCUACUCUAGUAAACCCACUCCAUUUGAAACACUCUGGUCCAACACUGUCGGCCAGCUCAUCAUCACCUGCCUUGGCUCUGUUCCGGGUUACUAUCUGACGGUGAUCUUUAUCGAACGAUGGGGCCGUCGUCCUAUCCAGAUUAUGGGAUUUGCUGCAUGUACUGUUCUGUUUGCUAUCAUGGGUGGUGCCUACUAUCAGCUCCGAGACAAUGCGAUCCCGGCUUUUAUUACCAUCUUUACGCUUGCCCAGCUUUUCCAGAACUUUGGUGCCAACACAACCACAUUUAUUAUUCCUGGUGAGGUAUUUCCAACAAAGGUGCGUGCGUCUGCUCAUGGUAUAUCUGCCGCAUCGGGUAAGGCUGGUGCAAUCCUGGCUUCUUUUGCGUUCAAUGUGCUUGUGGAUUCUGGAGGGCCUCCUGGUGCCCAUGUUUUCUUGCCUCAGACUCUGGGAAUCUUUGCUGCGAUCAUGUUCCUGGGACUUAUUGUGACCUUGCUAUGGAUUCCCGAAUCAAAGGGCAAGGAUCUUGACGAGUUUGAAGAAGAUUACAUUCACCCUGACCAAAGACCACAAUUGCCAGUAAAUUAUUCUGUCGAGCCUUAUCUUGCUAAUAAUCAAUCUGGAUUUAAGUCAAAUGGACCUAGUGAAUACGUAGAUGUCCCGGUUGGAAAUCGAUAG